UGUCAUUUUCGCGAUAAAAAAAAAAAAAUUAAAUGGAAACCUUUCGGACUCUAAGCUUGCUUCGGAAGACUGGUCACAGUAUUUCACGUCUUUGUUCAGCAAGACAAAUGACAUGGUGCGAUAAAAGAGCAUUCCAUCUUGGGGUGAAAAAGAUGACAAAUAAUGAUGCAGAAAUGAUCAAACUCAGUGAUUCAUGUGUGAAGAGGUUGAAAGAAAUUGCUGAUGAAAACUCUUACUUGAGAGUAGUUGUGGAUGGUGGGGGCUGCUCAGGAUUUCAGUACAAGUUUGAUAUAGAGUCCAAAAUCCAUGAUGAUGACAAAGUCUAUGAAAAAGAUGGUGUUAAAAUAGCCAUUGAUAAUGACUCUUUGGAAUUUCUGAAAGGAUCUACCAUUGACUAUCAUGAAGAACUCAUUCGGAGUGCAUUUAGAGUUAUCAAUAAUCCCCAAGCUGACCAGGGAUGUUCAUGUGGUGCUUCAUUUUCAAUCAAGUGAAGAAAAACAAAUCAACAGUCUCCGUGAAAUGAUUUUAAUUCACCCUGUAUUUAUUGAAAUAAUUGUCCACAUUUAGAAAAAAAAAAUGAAUUCUUAAGGUAUUUGUAGAUAGAACAUGGUCUUCUUGUCCAUAGAAUCUAGAAUCAUAGAAAAAAAUAGUUUCUCUUGGUAACUUUACUGGAAGGCUUGAAUCUGAUGAAAACAUUGAUGAGGUACACUUAUUUCAGGUGAAGCAAAAUGAUAUGCUUUAAUUUAAGCAUGAAUGAAAGAAUUUUAAAUUUGAAUGAUGUGAAUGUUUAUGAAUUGCUUGUUUUGUUUCCAAUAAAAAAAUUAAUAUAUUA